AUGACUUCACACAAUUCGAUUACGUCAUCUUUAAUAAAGCUUGCCUUUAUAUUUAUGAUAUCCACGGGAAUUGUAAUAUUAAUACUCGAUAAUUACCUACCCAAAUCAAGGCACCUAAAAUUUCCUAGAAGUAUACAUGAUGUAAAAUUACUUCAUGAAACUUUGGUAGGCCAUGGCGGUGGAGGUUUUCAUGUUGUCAUAUGUUUUGUGACCGUUUUUAUUUAUCUUCAAUCAUUUGCCAUUCCAGGUAGCGUGAUGCUAAGCGUGUUAGGUGGAGCUUUGUGGGGAAGUUGGAAAGCUUUGUUUCUUGUCUGCUUGUGUUCUUCCACGGGGGCUACGAUUUGUAAUUUCUUAUCUUUCUACUUCGGAAGAGUCAUUUCAAAAAAAGUAACGCCAUUCUUGCCGAAUUGGUUUAUUAAUGUCGCUUCACCUCAUUUGAGCGUUGACGCUAGUGUAUUUUUUUGGGCCACUUUAAUUGGUGUAGGCCCACUCUCAUUUAUCCAUGUGAAAUCCGGAGAAACCAUUCACAUGCUAUCCGAAACCGACAACUUCACAUUCUUCACAUUCCAAAAUGUUCUAACGAUGGGACUGAUUGCAGUGGCAGCAUUGAUCCCUGUGAUUUUUAAAGAAGUGUUUGAGAAAAAGUUCAAGAACGACAACGUUAUUGAUAAAGCAGGAUCCCAAAAUUGGAACAAAGUGAAGUAG